CUCAAUUGGCUCAAUGAAAAUUCAAUAUUGACAGCUUGCUUUGAAGAUUAGAAGUUUAUAUACAUGAUGGAAUGUUUGGUAUCCCAAGAUGAAGUCUAUAAGGUCAUUUUCCAGACGUCCAAAGAUGCUAGCUGGAAAGCUGAAAACUGCCUGCAAAUGGCAAAGUCUGUAAACUGUUUUGUGAAGACUACUUUGAAGCUCAAUUUGAGGAGCAUGGAUCUUAUUCAAGUCAAAAGUCUUCCACAACAUGAAAGUAGGUAUGUUUAUCUACCAAGGGAAGGAAUUGGAUGAAAGAUUGGAGAUCUGAAAGGCCGUGAACAAGAGGCUCAAAGAUCGUACAAACCAUUGUUGGAAACUUGUUCACAAAGGCAGAUUUCUUGAUGUUUAAGUUUCCUUGUUUUGUUUGGAUUUCUUUACAACUUUUGAGUAGGAUUCGUUUAAUUAGUUUCAUUGUAAUUUUAGGAUAAUUAGGGUUACUUGGCUAUAAAUAGCCU